CCACGUGACCGGUCCACUCCGUUAGUGUUCGGAUCAGUGAGUCGGUUCACUGCGCCUUUUCUGAAGUUUCUGAACAGCAUUAGGAGUUUUUACAGGUGAGAAAGCUCUGCUCGCUGCACGGAGGAAUAGCGGAGGACACGGAGCGGAUGAAGAGCUUCGUACCUGCGGGAAAAGCGGUGAAACAGAGCGCAGAGGAGCAGCGGGAGGACUCGGAUUACAGCAGCAGCAGCAGCAGCGAGGAUUAGCCUAGCAGGCCAUCAUGGCCUCGGAGGAGCUGUACGAGGUUGAGAGGAUUGUUGGUAAGCGUAAAAACAGGAAGGGUAAGAUGGAGUAUCUGGUGCGCUGGAGAGGCUACGGCUUUGACGGUGACACCUGGGAGCCAGAGGCCAACUUGGCCGGCUGUUUCGAAUUCAUCAACGACUUUAACCGGCAGCGCAGCGACCGGACAAAGGAAGGGGCGAGUCUGCGCUCCACGCGUAGGUCCCCCAGUGUGGGGGUGGGCCACUCCUCCAGCAACAAUGCCCGCAAACAGAUGAACAGACCUUCAACACAGAUAAGCGGUGUGAGCCUCAUCAUUGGCAGGACUUCUCUGUCCUCCCCUAACAUGGCAUCCACCAACCUCAGUAUUUCGCAGCCCCCUUCGCAAGGCACUCCCGACAGUAAAGACCCCAAUGCCAAAGCAGACACACAGCAGCUUCCGCCGCCGCAGCAGCAGUCACAGCCGUUGCCUUCGCCGUCGCUUUCCAUUCAAACUUUCAGGUGCUCCACUGGCCUCAACGGUGGUGCAGGACCAGCGAGCGCAGUCACCGACCCGACUCCGGCCACCCCUUGCACCGUUGGCCCCCUGCGCUGCAGUAUGGACCUAGCCAAGUCCGGAAUCAAAAUCCUAGUGCCAAAAAGCCCAAUGAACAACCGUGCUGACUCAGAAGAGUCCCCCAGCGAGGCGGCACACAGUCUGGACCAGGGAGGACAGGAGCCGGACACUGUGCCCCCAGAGGUGGCGCUGCAAGAGAAGCCUGUGGGAUUGGUCCUGGGGCCGGGACAGGAGCGGGCACGCAUGGGCACACGGCCCCGGACUCAGGCAGCUCUCCCUCCACCUCAGGUUCCCAUCACACCUGCUGCUGUUCGCACGCUCAACAGGAAAGGUACUACACUGCUAGAGGCCUCCUCAGCCAAUGGGACGGCGAGUGACGUGUCACCAGCGGCCAGCUCAGGAGUAUCAGGUGUGCUUGGAAAGCGGAGGUUCGAGGAACGCUCUGCUUUUGAUAAGAGACUUCGCUUCAGUGUUCGUCAGACGGAGAGCGCCUACCGGUACAGAGACAUCAUAGUGAAGAAACAGGAUGGCUUCACACACAUUCUGUUAUCCACCAAGACCUCAGAGAACAAUUCCCUAAACCCUGAUGUGAUGAAGGAGGUUCAGAGUGCAAUGGCCACAGCAUCUGCUGAUGACAGUAAACUGGUCCUGCUGAGCGCUGUGGGCAGCGUCUUUUGUUUCGGCCUGGACUUUAUCUAUUUCAUCAGACGACUCACAGACGACCGGAAGAGAGAGAGCAUCAAGAUGGCAGAGACCAUCAGGACCUUUGUAAACACAUUCAUCCAGUUUAGGAAGCCCAUAAUUGCUGCUGUGAAUGGACCUGCUAUCGGGCUCGGAGCAUCCAUCCUGCCCCUCUGUGAUGUAAUCUGGGCCAAUGAGAAGGCCUGGUUUCAAACUCCCUAUACCACCUUCGGCCAGACGCCGGACGCCUGCUCCUCCAUUACGUUCCCUCACAUCAUGGGAGUCGCGUCGGCUAACGAGAUGCUGCUGAGUGGGCGGAAGCUGACGGCGCAGGAGGCCUGUGCUAAAGGCCUGGUGUCGCAGGUCCUCUGGCCAGGGACCUUCACCCAGGAGGUCAUGGCCCGAAUUAGGGAGCUAGUCUCUUGUAAUUCACUUGUUCUGAGGGAGUCCAAAGCACUGGUGAGGAACAUUAACCGGGCUGCCCUGGAGCAAGCCAACGAGAGGGAGUGUGAAGCCUUAAAGAGGGUGUGGGGCUCUCCUCAGGGCAUGGACUCCAUACUGAAAUACCUUCAGAAGAAGAUCAGUGACUUCUGAAGCCUGGACUGCGAUCACGGUUACACACAGUGGACAGACACCAUUCACAAGUGCCUGAUAUCAAAGACCUUUGUUUUCUUUUUGUUUUUUAACUGGACAGAAUAAUGGCAAUGGUAACUCCAGUAUUGAGCAUCUUCAUUGAUACGUCAUUUAUUAUCACGAUUAUUGAAAUGUGGGACAUCAGUGCCAACGAGGACUAUUUCAGUUCCAGCUCUUUCAGACUGUAACCAGAGCAGGAGGAUUUCCUUUCCGUGCUUUUCCUGGUGACGACAACAGUGAUUCAGAACAGACCCCAGAUGUCAUGCCAAUAUUUGUAGCCCCGUGCCUGAGCUGGACUUCUCUCUGACGGGUAUGAACGUGGUUUGGGAGAAAUUACAACAGAAAAAGAACCAGCUCAGACCUACAGUUACUGAUGAGAACAUAACGUCAACUUAAACAGAACACUGUGAUCUAUUCAUAAUGUGUAUUUUGUGUUACUAAAGCCCUAUUUGGAUGGAAUUAGUUUUAUCUAGGGAGGAAGAGUAAUGUAUUUUUACUACAUGAUUCUGAUUUGCACAGGAUAAGAAAUCUCAGCUACAUGACUGAGAUGGGAACAGCUACUCGAUUUAUGCCCUGCGUCACCUCCGAAAAACAUGAUGACUACUAAUCUUAUAACCCACUGAUAGCAGGGCUAAUAUACAUUUUUGUUGCAUGUUCAUGACACGUAUGCAGACGGUAAUUAAUUGCUGGCCUAAAGUAUUGAAAUGUGGACCUCAGUGCCAAUAGGUCUAUUUCAGUUUCAGCUCUAACUGUUAACCAGAGCAGGAGAAUUUCCUUUCCAUGCUUUUUUUUGAUGAUGACAGGGGUGAUUUAGAACAGACCCCAGAUGUCAUGCACAUAUUUGUAGCCCAUUACCUGAGCUGGGCUCUCUGACUGAUAUGAACAUGGUAAAAAAAAACUUUAACUAAUCUUACAACCAACUUAUAGUCAUGAAUAAAUAAAUACAUAUAAUUUUAGUUUUAAAAUACUGAGGAGCAGCUACUCGAUUUAUGCCCUGUGUCACCGCUAAAAAAAUUGUGAUGACGACUAAUCUUAUAACUCACUUAAAUUAGGCCUAAUAAUAAUUUUUUUGUGAAAUGUUCAUAACACGCAUGCAGACGGUAAUGAAUUGCUGGCAUAAAGUAUUGAAAUGUGAGACCUCAGUGCCAACUAGGCCUGUUUCAGUUUCAGCUCUGACUGUUAACCAGAGCAGGAGAAUUUCCUUUCCAUGGUAAAAAAAAAAAAAAAACGACAACUAAUCUUAAAACCCACUUAGUUAUAAAUAAAUAAAUACAUAUAAUUUUAGUUUACAAAUUAGCAACUACAUGUUCAAACCAGAAUGUAGACUAUAGGCUUCUCUACACAGUGACUUGCUGACUUAAAGGAGCAAGAAGUGUCGAGCCUUGGCUUUUUUUUUUUUUUUUUUAAGAAUUUGAGUUAUCAGUAUGGUUUAUCACAAAUGUAUGGUCAUAAUUAUGAGAUACUAAGUCAUAAUUAUGAGACAGAAAGUCAUAAUUAUGAGAUAGAAAGUUAUAAUUAUGAGAUGACUUUUUAUCUCAUAAAUAUGACUUACUAUCUCAUAAUUAUGACUUUUUUAUCUCAUAAUUAUGACUUACUAUCUCAUAAUUAUGACUUACUAUCCCAUAAUUAUGACUUUUCUAUCUCAUAAUUAUGACUUAGUUGAGGACGUUUUUUUUCUUCAGGUGGCGGAAAUGGGCUUCCAUACAAAUGUGAACAAGUCAAAUGGACCACAUUAAAUGGACAAAAAACAUGAUGUUUAAAUUGAUCUUGCCGGUGCACUCGAUCUUUACCUCGCUCUACCUCCAGCCUCGUUAUGUCAUGUGAUCACAGUCUGAAGUGUAGAGAGCUCCCUCUGUUCCUGCAUGUUCUUAAUUCCAUUUGAGUUUACUCUAAUUCACCUAAUGUUAAUGUUAAUGCAGGUCUUUCAAUGUGCUUGCUGCGUAAACUCGUAUGACAACACGAGUAAAAAUAUAUGAUUUAUCUUACAGCCCUUUCUGAAAAGCUGCAGCAACUCUUUUACACAGUAUUUGGCAGAAUACCUACCCACAUUUAUUUUUAGUUUUCAAUUAGGAUUGGAUCAAUUUAACCUGAGGAUAUUUUUAUGGCUCGUUUUACAAGAAGCAAAGGCAGCAAAAUCUGUACUGGUACUAAAACUAGUCUGUAUAAAUUUUAAAUUACAUCGUGCAUUCAUGUGAAAAUAACAGUGGAUGUCGAGUAAGAUUUACUUUAUACCACCUCCCCAGGUAAAAAUGUAAUCCCCUCUGAACAGGGCUUAAGAGGUAACCUGGUUCAGGUACAUUGGAGAUGAGUUUCUUUUGUUGUUUUUUUUUUUAAACUUCAUUUUAUGAAUUGGCUCAGUCCUCCAAACACCUUCUGACCUUGAAUGAAUUUUCUGAACACGGUUCAAGCAUCUGCUGUCCAUCUGUACGUCUCCUCCUGUAUUGUUUAUUCAAGUAACUCACAUGUUUCCAUUAGAUCAUAGGACAUUUUCACAUCAUCUGUGUCAAACAACUCCCAACUACACCUGAAACAUUAUUUAUACUGUUUAUAUUAAGUAUUUAUUGAACACACAGUGCGUGUGUGUGUGUGGGAGCUGAUCUGUGUGUUUUCCCAUUCCGAAUUGGUUUACUGUAAAUUAGAUUCUGAUUUGGUGAGUCCCCUAUUUAUAUUUAUAUGCUAUUGUAUCAUUCUGGAUAGUGUCUUUAUUUUGCAUAUUCUCUUUUUAUCCACUGUCUGCAGUGUGAGAUAAUGGUUUUGUAAGUUUUAGGGGAAAAACAGACUAAUGUUUAGCUUUAGUAUAAUGUUUUCUACUAUAAAACACUUGUCUAACAAUGUCUAAUUUCCUGAUGAAGAUGAUGAUGUACAUGACCAUGGAUUAAAAAGCUUUUGGAACGGUCUAACAA